UGUACAGACUAUGACCUGGAUUAUGGAACUGAAUGUUUGCAUCUGGCUCUGAAAUACUCUAAAACAAAUGCUAAACUUGUUGAAGGAACAGCUGACCUCUGGAAGGUGACCUACAAGCGGGAUCUGUAUGCAGCUGAAUCGAUUAUUAAGGACAACCUAUCACAACAAGUGUGUGUAAUUACUGAUGUGAAGGAAGCUGUUGUACACGUAGGUUUUCUCCUUCAUGAGUCUCUGAAAAGCCAAAUAACAGUUGAAGCUAUAUCAAUAUCUCUAAGCAAAACCGAUAGCCAUCUACAAAACAGCUUUUCAGGACAGUGCUACAAUUUUAUUUGCGUAAAUGAUAAAAAGUAUGCCAUUCAGGAAACCCAGCAACUAGUGGAUAUGUUGGAAAAAUCAAAUAUUCCUCUCUUAUAUCCAGUUGUCCUUAUUUCGGUACACUUGGAUAUUUCAGAACAUGUUUCUUUCAGCACUGAGAUGGAAGAAUUAACUAGAAUCAAGAAAUUUGCAAGGGAAGUGAAAAAGAAAAAUAUUUUGGUUUAUGGUCUCCUUAUCCAAUGUAAGGACCAUUUGCUGCUUCAAGAGACAGUAAAUUCUGCUGCUGCUCUUAUCAUGGCAUUAAUAAGGGACAGAAACCCGGAGCUGAUUGGGCAGCUGUUGGUAGCGUAA